AUGCGACAUGACGGUCCUACAACGAGGACGUUGCAUGCCGUAACCCAACUGCAGCAGUGGGAGACGGAGGAGGAGGAGGAGGAGAAGGAGGAGGAGGAGGAGGAGGAGGAGGAGGAGGAGGAGGAGGAGGAGGAGGAGGAGGAGGAGGAGGAGGAGGAGGAGGAGGAGGAGGAGGAGGAGCAGGGGACGACGCACACACCCGUCACCCCCAUACCCGCCACCCCCACACACGCCACCCCCAAACCCUAA